UUAGAUAGUUAAAAAAUUAAUUUGCAAAAAUCAAUAGCUUUCCUAUCUGUAAACAAUACUUAAAUAAACCACAAAAUGAAAAAAAAUUUCAUUUACAGUAGUUACAAAAAGAUAAAAUACCUGUGAGUAGAUAAACAAAUAUGCAAGAUGUUUAUCUAUAAGGGGUAAAGAAAACUUCAAACUGCAUUUAGCAAAGUCCUUAGUAAACGAAAUGCAUGCCUUAAUUAGAGAAAAAAAGAUGAUUCAAUUGCAAAAUGUCAGUUCCCUACAGAUCAACAUAUCAAUUCAUGCAAUAGCAUUCUUGGUACAAGUCGGAUUUUUUUUUUUUUUAACUCACUAAAAUAAUGUCAAAGUUCAUCUGGAAAAAAACACGUGUGGGAAAAUAGCCAGGAAAUUUGCUGCCAGAUAAUAGAAUCAAGUUUUUAGUGCUGCAUUUAAAUGCUUGGUCCUGGUUUUAGAAGCGACUACAAAGAAAAAGAAACAGACCUUGAUCCAAGUACCUAGGAUGCUUUGCUACAGGAAAAGGCUGGAGUUUGAAACCAGCAGAAGCACCUUGAAAAUGAGUUCACCAACAAACAGCAUCACAACACUUGGCUGACUUUUUGGAGAAAUUAAUAAACAGAGUUGAUUAGCUAAUUCUGUUUAUCAAAAUUAAACUCCAAAAAAAAUCAAACAUUGUAACAUAACAAGAAAAUCUAAUAAAGCUCUAGACUAUAACAAGAGAUUUUUAAAAUAAUUUUUUGCUUUUUAAUUUUUUAUUAUAAUCGAUUGACAAUGUUCUGUCGAUUUCUGCUAUACAGCGAAGCGAUCCAUUUAAAAUAACUUUAAAUUGAAGGUUUAGCUAACCGUAUCACAAAGAUCAGAGUUCAAAAAAAAAAGAUAAAUAUGAUUGAUAUAUUUGACAUCAAAGCACUUAAAUUUGCUACAUCGCACAAAGAAAAAUUACCUCACCAACACUGAAGGACAACUAAUAAACCAAAUUAGAAUUAUUUGCAAAAUACAUAUUAUCAUGCAAUUGGUUGAUUUCCUUAAUAAAGAGCCCAAUAAAUAAAAUACUUAGAACGCCAACAACCUAAUAAAAAUGCCAGCAAAGGAAGUGAACUGAAUAAUCAUAGAAAAAAAUACACCUGCAAAUAGUUGGUUGAAAAAUGCUAACCUUCCUUCCUAAUUUUUAAAAAACACACAAAUCAAGGGACAUGAGUUACCAGUAUUCACCAUCACAGUGACGAAUGUUUCAAAUUUGAUAUUACUGGGUCUGUGACAAAACUAAUAUUCUCAUACAAUAUUGUUGGGGAUGUAACUUGGCGCCACUUACCUGGAAGUCAAUUUGUCGGCCACCAUCAAAAGAGAAAAUGAGAGUUCCCUUGUGGCUCAGUGGUUAAGGACCUGGCAUUGUCACUGCUGUGGCUCGGAUCACUGCUACAGCAUGGGUUUGAAAAAGAGAAACUGAAUGAGUUCAGACGUUUUUAAAUCUAUUUUAACAGAAUAAAGCUCCUGCAGCAAAUAACAGCUUUUAACCAUGGGGAUUAGGAACCCCAAUUUUUGUCAUCUGCUACUGGAGCAAAGAGGUAAGAAGCUUUUGUUGGUAAACAUCUAAGCCUUUUGAAGCCAUAUUUUCUUUUUCCAACACAGGAGAGAACAAAAUGGCAAAAGGCAAUCGUACGACAGUGACAGAAUUUGUCCUCAUGGGAUUCCCAGACCGUCCGGAGCUCCAGCUGCCCCUCUUCGUGGUGUUCCUGGGGAUUUAUCUCAUCACCCUGGUGGGAAACCUGGGCAUGAUCCUGCUCGUCAGGACCGACUCGAGGCUCCACACCCCCAUGUACUACUUCCUCAGCCACCUGGCCUUCAUUGACCUCUGUUACUCCUCGUCCAUCGGGCCCAAGAUGCUGCGAAAUUUACUGGUGAAGAAAAAGACCAUCUCCUUCUCCGGCUGCUUUGCCCAGCUCUACUUCUCCAGCGCUUUGGCCACCAGCGAAUGCUUCCUCUUGGCCACCAUGGCCUACGACCGCUACAUGGCCAUCUGCAACCCCCUGAUUUACACGGCCAUCAUGACCCAGCGGGUCUGCAAGGAGCUGGUCAUCGGCGUCUACACCUACGGCUUCCUAAACUCGGUGAUACAGACAGUUCUGACGUUCCAGCUGUCCUUCUGUGACGCCAACAUCGUCCACCACUUCUACUGCGCCGACCCCCCCCUCCUCGCCCUCUCCUGCUCUGACACCCGCAGCAAAGAACAGCAGCUGCUGGUCUUCUCUGCCGUGAACCUCACCGGGUCCCUCCUGACCGUCCUCAUCUCCUACGUCUGCAUCCUCUUCGCCAUUGGGAGAAUCCGGUCUUCGGGAGGCAAGUGCAGGGCCGUCUCCACCUGCGCCUCCCACCUCGCGGUGGUCAUCAUCUUCUACGGAACGCUGUUUGCCAUGUACCUGCGGCGGCCGAAAGCGGGCGAUUCGGGGACGUACAGCCAGGCGGUGUCCGUGUUUUACAGCCUCGUCAUCCCCAUGCUCAACCCCCUCAUCUACAGCCUGAGGAACACGGACGUAAAGGAAGCCCUGAAGAAGCUGCUGGAGGCCAAGGAGCCGCAGUGAGGUCCCCGAAGGAAGGCAGCCCUGGGAAAGCAUCACAUGCUGGCCGGGAGAGACCAUCCGUCUGAAACGGAGCGGGCCCGUCGCCGUCCAGUCCGAAUAAACAGCCAAUCCAAUCGGGAGUCUUUAAAAACCAAAAGUACUGGCCCGUUUGCUGGAGAAAGCAAUAUUAUUUACUCCAACCAAUUAUCACGGACCAAUCAGAAUCUGUCGAGAACGUCACAGGCUGAAGAUGACAGGGUUUUACUACCAAUCAGGUGAUAAUAUGGGAAGUUCAAAGAGAUCCUAAAAAGUAACAAUCAGGGUGAAACUUAACACAUUAACAAUUUUAAUUGAAACUAACAAAACGGGUGAGAAACUAUGUUGUGGAAACACUUUCCUGCUUAAAACAGGCUAUAUUGUAGCAAAACAUUUGUUACUCUUAACACAUAUCGCUUGAUAACACUGGUGUAGGUGGCGGUGAAGUCUCAGGACUUCAUCACAAAAAAAGCAUCUUUAAUCCAAAUGUAGUUGAAAUACUGCAUGCUUAAAAAUAAUAGAAAAAACAUUACUAUUGGCAAUAAUAAGAGAUGGAAAUAAGAAUCUGUUAAAUGUGGCUUAUUUUAAUGUUUGUUUAGAAAGUUUAAUUAGAAUAGAUAAAGAGGGUUUUGUGCACUUUCAGAGAUGUUAAAACUGGUCAUUUAUUCAACAGCCAGGGUUUAAUUUUUCUAGUCUCUAGAGUGAUGUUUCGGGGGCAUGGGUGGGGAGGUGAGAGUCACAUAUGAACUUCAAGAAAGGGAAAGGAGAUUAAGAAGAAAAAGAAAAAAAAAGAGGGAGAAUUUCCUAGGAUAACUAGGCCAGAGUAUGCAUGUUUUUAAGAAAUGAAAUUAUUAACUUAAAUUAUUUAAAUGAUCUAGAGAAAUGCUUUAGUUUUGCAACAUUUUCCAUAUUCUUUAUUUCUAUUUUCAGAGAUCUGAUAGUGCAGUUUUCUGAGAGAUAAAUCUAUAUAAGUUCUUGCUGAUGGUGGGGAUAUAUGUAAAAAAAAAAAAUCCUUUAAGUUAGGCAAGAAUAUGAGCACUCUAUGGUUUUUUUCAAGCCUCAGUUCUAAUAAUGCUUCCAAAAUAAUUCUUAGGACAGAUAUCUGCCGUAAACCACUAGAUUAUCCCUCCUAGACUCUUUUCAAAUACGAUUAUUACUUGUACUUUUUAAAAAAAUAGCUCAAGGGAGUUCCCGUCAUG